CCAAUGACCAAAAACAAAUCAAGUCAGUUUUGAACUCAACAAUGUCAAAAUUCCAGUAACCCUUCAGGACAUCAUCCAAAAUUCUCGUAACAUUAUUUGAUUUCUUUUCAAAAUUUCUCGUACUUAAUACUUGAACUAAAAACAUUUAAAAAUGCCUUUCGUUUGCCCGCCUAAAGAAGAUAGUUCUAAACGUUUGGAGGUCCUUAAGCAAAUUAAGGAUCUCGUUAACAAACUAGGAGAACCAGCAGUCCCAGUCAAAUUGCAGGUACCAUGUGUCCCGUGCUGUGUUCCUUGCGCGCCUCCACCUUGUCCACCGCCAGUUAAAUCUUCCGAAAAGAAAUGUAAACCUCCCGAUGUUAUGGUGUGCUACAGGAUACACAAGGGGAAAGCGCAAGGACAAGGUACAGAAGAUGAAGGUAAGAAGCUUAAACCUGCUAAGUCACGUGAACUUAGGUGUGGGAUUUUGUAUAUGGGAUGUGAUUGUGAAAAAAGAAAUGGUCUUCAAGAUGACUGUCGUCGUACUGGAUGUCAGGGAUCGCCACAGUGUCUCACACGACCCCCCACUUGCGCUCCUAGUGAAUUUAGCAACGGAAAACACUUAGGAAAAAAGAAUAAUUACUUUAGUAAAUCUAAGAAAGGCGGUGGAAAAGGUGGAGACGCUGGAAAUAUGAACAUAGAUGAUUACUGUUGCUAUCCUGCCACUAUUGAAACCCAAUUGUGCCCAUUUGAGCCUUGCCCAUGUGAAGGCGGUAGUUGAAAAAUCCGGAAAAUGUUAAAAUUUAAUUAAUUUUAAUAGUUAGGACAUGUAUGUCAUCCUAUAGGAAGGUCGUGUAUUCUACACAGAUUGUAAAAUAACUUAUAUUAUAGGUUUAAACUUUACGAAAAAGAAAUAGUACCAAGUUAUAAACUAACAGAUGUCAAACUAAUAAAUAUCAAUAACUGUUAAAAAUGUGAAAGUCUAGGGGAAAAACGAUAAUAAUUAAAGGAGAAUUAAGAA